CCCGCCCACCAUGUCGAACCCAACACAGGACAAGGCCGAGCCUUCCCAGCAACCGCAGCAGCAGAAGCCCUCUGUUUUGGAGGAGGACGAUGAAUUUGAAGAUUUCCCCGUUGAAGACUGGCCCCAAGAAGAAGCCGAGCAACCAUCAGGAUCCGCCAACGGAAAUGACGUCCAUCUGUGGGAGGAAAGCUGGGAUGAUGAUGAUGCUGCUGAGGACUUCUCGAAGCAGUUGAAAGAGGAACUGAAGAAGGUCGAAGCAUCCCACUAAUUAUCUCGAAUACGAUACCGGUUCGCAAUGAAUUGAGCUCUGAGCUUUUCAGUCGGUUACGGAACAUAGAACGGAUAGCAGGGCUCCCACAUACGCACAAACACAAAAAGACAGAUGAAGAUUUGGGCAUGGAUUUAGAUAAAAUGUUCGAAUGAGAAAUCAUCCGAAUGAGUGUCAUUUAAAUGAAUCAUUUCUGGAAGGGACCGUCGUGAUAGUAGGGCGAAGGACACCAGCUUAAAAAGUGUCAGAUACUGGACGGCUCCCCCAUCACAGCUGAGAAGCAGUGUGCAACGUCUCCCCAAAGAUAUAUCCUACGAGUAUCUACUUCUUAUUGAUGAAGCCGAUCAU